CCUAAAACUCAUCUGACAGAUCGAGUCAUCGAGCAGAAUAAAAUACAUAGUGCAACAAUGACCAAUCAUUUAUCAUAGAUAAUAUAGUAUAAUACAAUAAUAUUGACUCUUAAUUCAACAAAAAUGUCGUCUGCACAUUUAUCCAGUGGCAGAUUGAACAUAGGACUGCUCCAGGAGCAGACGAGAAAGCAGUUGGUGAAUCUAAUCGAGAGAUGCGAUGGGCCGAAGGCCAUCGUUUGGGAUCGGUCCCUGGACGGUCCAGUGGGCCUCAUCGCCAGGUACAGCCUCCUGGAGGAGUAUGGCGUCGUCAAGAUGUAUCAACUGGUGGGCGGUCAACUCCCUCCCACUAGUGUCUCGAACAUUAUAUUCAUCGUUCGUCCACAUUUGGAUUUGAUUGAUUUGAUAGCUGAAAAUGUUCAUGGUGAGCAGAACAGAUCCCCAAAGGAGUUCCACAUAUUCUUCGUCCCUCGCAAAAGCCUCCUCUGCGAGAAGAAGCUCCAGAACCGUGGAGUCUUCGGAAGUUUCACCCUGAUCGAGGAAUUUCCCUGUGACCUCUUCCCCUUCGACAGCGACCUAGUCUCAAUGGAGCUGAGUCAAACCUACAAAGAGUUCUUCCUGGAGAACGAUCCCACGUGCCUCUACCAAGUGGCCCAGGCGAUCAGACGUCUCCAGAGGCUCUACGGGAAGAUUCCGAGGGUGACAGGACGUGGCCCAGCUGCCAGCAAAGUCUGGGAGCUCCUGAAACGCCUGGACCGGGAGGAAGAGGACCUGAAACUCGAUCGAGGUGCCAUGACAACUCCUCCGAUAGAGCACCUGCUGCUGAUUGAUCGAAGCAUCGAUCUCCUCUCGCCCCUGGUCACUCAAUUGACGUACGAGGGCCUCAUCGACGAGAUCUUUGGCAUUCAGAACACAACGGUUCAGCUGCCGGCUGGAAAAUUCAAGGACAACGACGACUCCCCCACUGUUAUGUCCGUCGACAAGAAGGAGAAGAUUGUUCUCAACUCGGGGGAAGAAUUAUUCGCUGAGAUCAGGGACAAGAAUUUCAAUGGGGUUGGACCUGUUCUGAGUCAAAAGGCUAAAGUCAUUUCUUCGCAGUUUGAUGAGAGACAUGGGGACAAAAGUGUUCAGGAGAUCAAGCAGUUUGUGGCGAGGCUGCCCCACAUGCUGGCUACCAAGCAGUCUCUUGCCAGGCACACCACCAUCGCAGAGAUGGUGAAGGAGGUGACGGAUUCCAAUGACUUCCUGGAGUGUCUGCAGAUCGAACAAGAGCUUCUGAACUGCAUCGACACAGACAAACCAAAUGCCUUCAUUGAGGAUUGCAUUGCCCAGCAGAAGCCUCUGCUGAAGGUCCUGAGACUCCUCUGCAUCCAGUCCAUCACGAAUUCCGGACUGAAACAGAAGCUCCUGGACUACUACAAGAGGGAGAUUGUCCAGACUUAUGGAUAUCAGCACCUGCCGACGCUGUUAAACCUGGAGAAGGCUGGGUUACUGCGGGCUCAACAGUCCAACAGACAGUACGCCGUUCUCAGGAAGGCACUCAGACUCACUGUGGAGGAUGAGAGUGAAAUUGCACCGAAGGACAUCAGUUAUGUUCACUCGGUUUAUGCGCCCCUCAGUGUGAGGCUGGCCGAGCAGUUGGUGCAGCCUGGGGGGUGGCAGGGACUCAAUGACGUGCUUGGCCUAUUGCCUGGACCUACUGUCAGCAGCGACUCGAGGGGCACCAUUUCGGGGAUGAGACGAGGCUCUAUUACCAGUGAGGAUUCUACAUCAGAGCCUCCAAGGCUCGUUUUAGUUUUCUUUAUUGGAGGCUGCACGUAUGCAGAAGUGUCAGCUCUCAGGUUCCUCUCCCAGCAAGAAGAUCUUAACGUGGAGUUCGUUGUGGGCACCACGAAAUUGAUCAACGGUAAUACGUUCCUCACCUCGUUGAUGGACGACUUAGAGACUGUCCGAAAAUAAACAAAACUUUCCUAAAUCUUUCAGAAUACCGUCUAACGAAUAAUUUUGUAUAAACUACCAAAGAUAAGGGUGUAGAGUAAAUAUACGAUAUUUUAUAUCAA